CUAGCUCACUUCCACUUAUUGCUCUAUAAAUUGCAAAACACUCUUCCAACAUUAAUUGGUCCAUCCAUUUCAUUACACAUAUAUAAAGUUCACAUUAUAUCUUUUUUGAAGGAUAAAGUUCACAUUAUUGCUAGCUAUAUAUAUUUUCUUUUUUCUAUAUCAUAAUUGUUUGAAUUAUUUUGUAAGCCAAGCUUUUUUCUUCUCUCCUUUCCUUCCUAAUUGAUCUUCUCCAGCUUGGACAUUGACCCUACACAAAACAUUAUUAGCUUGUAGCCUCAAUUUUUCAUAAAGAUUCAUAUACAUUUAUAGAAUUUUAUAUACUUAUUUAUUAUAUAGUAUAGUUCUAUAUGUCUAUGGCACUUGAACAUUCAUGCUCAAAUAGGAGGUGCAAGUUAUCCAUGAUGAAAGGGUUUGUUUUGUGCUUCAUUGUGUUAUUGAACAAUUCAAAUUGUUCAUAUGGUCGUUUAUUUUUUAAUAGAACAAGAGAAGUGUUCAUGUUUAGAGAGCAACAUAGAAUAGAGCUUCACUUUGAUAAUGGACUUGGCAAAACACCUCCUAUGGGAUGGAAUAGCUGGAACCAUUUCCAAUGUAGUAUUAAUGAAGACUUAAUCAAGGAAACAGCUGAUGCUAUGGUGUCAACUGGCCUUGCUGAUCUAGGUUACGAAUAUAUUAAUAUAGAUGACAGUUGGGGUGAACUUAAUCGAGACUCACAGGGCAAUUUGGUUGCCAAAUCAUCAACAUUUCCUUCAGGAAUGAAGGCUCUAGCUGAUUAUGUACAUAGCAAAGGUCUAAAGUUAGGGAUCUAUUCUGAUGCAGGAAAUCAAACAUGCAGUAAAACUAUGCCUGGAUCAUUAGGGCAUGAAGGGAAAGAUGCAAAAACAUUUGCUUCAUGGGGAAUUGACUAUUUGAAGUAUGAUAAUUGUGAGAAUAAUAACAUAAACCCCAAAGAAAGGUAUCCAGCAAUGAGUGAAGCUUUAUUAAACUCAGGAAGAUCAAUCUUCUUCUCUUUGUGUGAAUGGGGAUCAGAAGACCCAGCAACAUGGGGAAAAAGUGUGGGAAACAGUUGGAGAACAACAGGAGAUAUUGAAGAUAAAUGGGAUAGUAUGAUAUCUCGCGCAGAUCAAAAUGACAAAUGGGCUUCUUAUGCCGGACCAGGAGGAUGGAAUGAUCCUGAUAUGCUUGAAGUUGGAAAUGGUGGUAUGACAACAGAAGAAUACCGUUCCCACUUCAGUAUAUGGGCAUUAGCCAAGGCUCCUUUAUUGAUUGGUUGUGAUAUUCGAGCACUGGACAACAUCACAAAGAAACUACUAAGCAACUUCGAAGUUAUUGCAGUAAAUCAAGGAGUUCAAGGGAAGAAGGUGAAAAGUAAUGAUGAUUUGGAGGUUUGGGCAGGCCCUCUCAGUUAUAACAAGCUGGCAGUGGUCUUAUGGAAUAGGAGUUCAUCGAAAGCAACAGUAACUGCAUCAUGGUCUGAUCUAGGUCUGAAACCAGGAACUUCAGUUGAUGCAAGAGAUUUAUGGGAGCAUUCAACACAAUCAUCAGUUUCAGGAGACAUAUCUUCCGAAUUAGAUUCACAUGCUUGUAAGAUGUAUGUCCUGAGUCCAAACUAAGUUCUCGAUAUAUUUAGACAGAAAAGGAGACAAACAACAAAAGUCAGGACUACCACAAAUGCAUUGGCAAUCAUUCGAGGCUCCGUAAAAGGAAAAAGAAAUCAAUUGGAAAUCUAUUUGUCAAUAGGACAUGCAGAAACAAAUGAAUAUAAGUAAUAUCUCUAAUAUGGUUUUCAUUUUAAUCAAUACAAUGAGCUCCACUGGAUCUCAAUACCACACCUUCAAAAUUUUGAUAGCUUGUUAAUAUAUUAAAUUAAUCAAGCAUAACUGAGAUGAAAUCAAAUGCAUAAAAUGUUUUUCUAGAUUUCUACAUCA